AUUAACGUUUAAUAUUUAAUUUCUAUUGCAUUGCAAAUAUCAUAAGCUAAACAUAGUACACGUGUGAGUGGAAUUAGUGAUAAAAUGGUUAAAGUUAAAGUGCAACAAGGAUGGUUGGAAGGUGAACAUCUAGAAUCUUCUACAGGUGAAGGCAAAUAUUACAGUUUUAAAGGUAUUCCGUACGCGACGCCGCCGCUCGGCAAGCUGAGGUUCAAGGCACCUCAGCCACCACUAUCAUGGGACGGUGUGAGACCAGCAAAAGAAUUCGGUCCAGUGUGCUGUCAACAAGAUAUAUUUACAAACCAAAUAAUCCCAGGAAGUGAGGACUGCCUUUAUCUCAAUGUAUACACUCCAGAGAUAAAGCCCUCCAAACCACUGGCUGUUAUGAUAUUCAUUCAUGGAGGUGGCUUCAAAAGUGGAUCAGGAAACGAGGAUCACUACGGUCCUGAUUUUCUCGUCAACCAUGACGUUGUUUUAGUGACCAUAAACUACAGGCUUGAAGUCUUAGGGUUUUUAUGUUUGGACACUGCGGAUGUACCUGGAAAUGCUGCCUUAAAGGAUCAAGCCUUGGCUAUGAAAUGGGUGAAAGAAAAUAUAUCGCAGUUUGGAGGUGACCCUGCUAACGUAACGAUCUUUGGUGAAAGUGCCGGUGGAGCAUCUACUGCUCUUCACAUUGUAUCACCACUGUCGCGGGGUUUAUUUCAAAGGGCAAUUCCAAUGAGUGGCGUACCAAAUUGCGACUGGGCCUUGGCUUUUGAACCGCGAAAACGAGCUUUCGCUCUCGGAAAGCAGUUGGGUUUAGAAACUAAUGAUCCCAAUGAACUUCUGGAAUUUCUUCAAAAGGUUCCAUCCGAGCAACUGAUAAAUACAAACCCAGCAAUAAUUAGCUUGGAGUUAACAAUAAACAACAUAAUCAAAAUGUAUCAUUUCACGCCGGUAAUCGAAAAAGAUUUUGGUCAAAAUCAUUUUCUGACAGAAGAUCCUGAAGAAAUUCUUAAAAAGGGUAAACAUAACAAAGUGGACGUAUUAAUUGGCUACACCGAUAAAGAGAUUUUAAUUGGCAUUCCAAGUUUGGAGAAGUUUUUGCUAAACGAAUACAAUAGAUGGGAAGAGUUGAUUGUUCCUAGAGAGAUCCUGCUGCAGUGUCCACCAACGAAAGUGUUUGAAAUAUCAAAACGAAUUCGUACUCAUUACUUUGGAGACAAAUCAAUUAAUGCAGAGGUUAUGAAGGAGAUGAUAGAAUACUUAUCCGACUGCACCUUUAUCUACGAUGUUUUCAGAUAUACCAACUAUUUGGUCAACUAUGGAAAGUUAAAAGUAUAUCUCUACAAAUUUUCUUGUGUCUCCGAGAGAAAUAUUUAUGGGAAUCUAGGUGCUCCUUAUGGUAUCGUAGGAGCGUCCCAUUUGGAUGAUCUCAUGUACCUGUUGGACGCAAAAUAUGCAAAUCUGAAAAUUGAUAGAGAGAGCAGAUCGUAUAAAAUGGUGAAACAGACAUGUACACUAUUUAGUAAUUUCGCCAAAUAUGGUAAUCCUACACCAGACUCUACACUCGGCGUGACAUGGAAGCCGUAUGACGUGAACACUAAAAGCUAUAUGGACAUCAACGAAGCACUGACGCCUGGGAAUAAUUUGGACGCAGAAGCGAUCGCCUUCUGGAAGGGUAUCUUCGACUUCGCUGGUGUUAAAUUUUAAAAUAUGUAUUAAAAAGCACGAAGAAACACUAAUCACUACACUAUUAAAAACGUUGAUUAAAAAAAUCUCACCAUUUCCUCAAUUAAUUAAACGUGUAUCUCAAUCAUUAUUAUCUUAUAUUACCUUUUUUCUAUUACUUGUGAUAUCAAAAAAAUACCACUUUUUUGUCCUCUCUCUCUCUC